CAAAAGAAAUCAAAGACCUUGGAGAUAAACAAAGCUUCUUACAGCUGGUUUAAGAUGACUGCUUUGUGCUAGAAGAUGAAACUAUUUCAAGAAGUUAUUAUACAACUUGGAAGGAACAUUUUGUGCUGACGUGGUUACAGUGACGAGGAAAGGAAACGACUAGCGUGGUGAUCGGUGGCCUUGUGUGGUAGCGGGCAUUCAGGGCCGCGGGGCCAUGAGCGAGGACCUGGGGCGCCUCACGCUCGACGACGAGCCGGACUCGCGUCUCGGCGAGGGCGUGCUGAGCUUCACGGACGGGCCGGCGUCCCACAGCCAGGCCAGCGCCCUCAUCAAAUCUUGGGCCAAUGUGCAGCGAGGAAGCAUCGUCGUGAGAACGAAGAUGGACGAACCCGAGGCUGAGCCCGUCGCGGUCGCCCCCACCUUGAAGAUUGAAGUCGUCCACGCGAGAACCGUCGACCAGGAAAACGAAAAGAAACACGUGGCGUACACGGUGAUGCUGAGGAAGGACGGGGCGACGCCGGACCCGCACCCGGCCGUGAUCGAGCGCCGCUACUCGGACUUCCUGGAGCUGUACGAGUCGCUGAGGCGCGACCACGCGGGGCUGAUGGCGGGCGUGGCCUUCCCCAAGAAGGUGCUGCUGGGCAACUUCGAGCCGGGGCUGAUCUCGGAGCGCAGCGCGGGCUUCGAGGGACUGCUGUGCCGUGCGGCCGCCCAGGACCGGCUGCGCAACUCGCGCGGCCUGAGCCGCUUCCUGCAGCGCCGCGAGCUGGAGGAGGCGCGCGCCUGGCUGGAGGCGCGGCGCUAUGACCAGGCCGUGCCGCUGCUCGAGAACACCUUCCGCCUGCUCAACAAGCUGCACACGGACCGGCACCCGGAGGUGAUGGUGGCGCUGUGCCGCCUGGUGGCCUGCUGCAGCGAGGACCCGCUGGCGGCGCGGGCCGAGGGCUUCGCGGAGCUGGCGCUGCGCCGCUACGACGCCGUCAGCGACGUGGACCUGCUGCGCUUCUACGUGCCGCUGCUGCAGCUGUGCGCGCGCCUGUGGUGGCGGCUGGGCAAGGACAAGCGGCCGCUGGAGGCGCGGCUGGGCGAGCUGCGCCGGCGCGGCGUCGGCGUGGACGGCUGCCUGCCGCUGCUCGACGCGCUGGCCCGCGAGGGGCUGCUGUGAGGUCUCUCCUUCCUUGGCGUCUCAUCACG